GCUCGUUCCAACGAGAGAAGUGAGCACAUGGACUGCAGAGAAAGAACAGAUUCAGAUGAUUACUGUCUUCUUGCAAAUUCCAUUCUCUGUUCUCUUCACUCUCUGAUUAACUCUACUGCGCUGCUGGUUGUCUACUUCUAAACUUGAACACUGUACAAUAUCCACAAUCACAAUGGCUCAAGCACCAAACAAAGCCCAGGAACGUCUCUCCCAAGUCUCCUCUCACCUUGGUGAAUCCAACGCCAAACCAUCCGUCCUCACGAGAUCCCCUGACGAUGUUGUCGUCACCUGCGCCCUCAGAACUCCCUUCACCAAAGGUGGCAAGGGUCUACUGAAAGACACCGCAGCCGCAGACCUUUUGGCUCUGACCCUCAAGAACCUCCUCGAACGCUCAAAAAUCGACCCCAAUCUCGUCGAAGACAUCGCCACAGGCUGCGUCCUUGCUCCCGGUGGCGGUGCUACCGAAUACAGAGCAGCGGCCCUGGUCGCGGGAUUCCCAGACUCAACAGCCGUUAAGUCCCUCAACAGACAAUGUUCCAGCGGACUCCAGGCAUGCGUUGAUAUCGCCAACGCCAUCAAAGUCGGCAUGAUCGACAUCGGAAUCGGCUCCGGCGUCGAGAGCAUGUCCUCACAAUACGGUCCCGGUGCGGUCACCGAAUUCUCGGAACUGCUGGAAAAUCACAUGCAAGCUGCAAACUGCAAGGUUCCCAUGGGCGUCUUGUCAGAGCAAAUGGCCAAGGACAGAAAAGUCACGCGUGCAGACCAGGACGCUUUUGCCGCCAGCUCAUACCAGAAAGCACUCAAGGCGCAAGAGGCAGGUCUAUUUGAUGAAGAGAUCGCUCCUGUGACCGUCAAGUACACCGACCCGAAGACGGAGGAAGAGAAGACCGUGACAGUGACCAAAGACGACGGCGUCAGACCCGGCAUCACGGCUGAAUCUCUGGGCAAGAUUCGCGCUGCAUUCGCCAAAGACGGAUCCAUCCACGCUGGCAACGCCAGCCAAGUGUCCGAUGGUGCAGCCGCCGUGCUAUUAAUGAAGCGCAGUACCGCCGAGCGUCUGGGUCAACCUAUUCUCGGUAAAUUCGUCGCUUCAUCCGUGGUCGGUGUGCCGCCGCUACUAAUGGGUAUUGGACCCUGGAAGGCUAUUCCUGUGGCGCUGGAAAAGGCUGGCGUAUCUAAGGAUGAGGUCGAUAUCUACGAGAUCAAUGAGGCGUUUGCUAGUCAGGCUGUCUGGUGUGUGAAGGAGCUUGGGUUGGAUUUCGAAAAGGUCAAUCCUAAGGGCGGUGCGAUCGCCUUUGGACAUCCUCUGGGCUGUACUGGUGCGAGACAAGUGAGCACAUUGUUCACUGAGCUCAAACGGACGGGCAAGAAGAUUGGAGUUACGAGUAUGUGUGUUGGAACUGGAAUGGGUAUGGCUGCCGUUUGGGUUGCGGAAUAGAAAAGAGUAUAGUCUUGAUCUCCUGGUGGACUGAGCAUACUUGGCGUCUCUGCACUUCAUUCUCUAUAUGUAUGCAUAGGAUAAACCUUUUGUGUCUUCCUAUGCAAAGGCUCAAUAUACCCUGAUACGUCCGGUCCGUCGAAUCUUUGCUUGCGUCAUUCGCUCUCCCUUCUGAAGCUGAGCAGUAGCUGCACAGGGUCAAGGGGCGGUAUGUACCACGGUACUACUGCGCUAAAAGGGUUGAAAUAUUGAUUACAGCACCCGAGGGCAAUGCCUUGCAUGGCACUGGCU